AAACACGUUAGUGCUAAAAUGAUUGGAAGUAUUAGUCUCCUGUUCGCGUUGAUGGGAAGUACUUUCGGGUACUUUCACGGUGUAGAUCCCAAUACACUAAAAUGCGACCCAACUGGCCAGAUCCAUCUACUCCUGCCACACUUUACGGAUUGUAACAAAUUCUAUAUGUGCGCCCACGGUUCUGAGGUUGAAUUACCUUGCCCUCCAAAUACCAUAUUCGACUUUCCAGUUCAGACUUGCAAUUGGCCAUGGGCAACAAAAUGCUGGCUCAGGAAUGGCACUGACGACAUUAUUGAAGGUUCUGGUGAAGACGAAUUUGUCCCACCAAAAGAAGUUGAAAUCGAAAUUAAGCCAGCUUCAACGGAAACGAUGAUGUCUGGACGUCUUGACUGCCACAAUCUUGAUACAGCUUCACGAAGAGUUGGAUUCAAGGGUGACUGUCAAAGAUACUGGAGCUGUACAGCUGGUUCACCCCAUGCUUACUACUGUUCUGAUGGUCUCUUUUUCAAUGAAGAAAAGCAGGAAUGUGACUUUGAAGCUAACUCCAAGUGUAUUGACGAAAAUGUUGACGAACUACACACAGAAUUUAUUGAAUACAACUAAAAAAUAUAUCCUUUGCUAGUUCCUAAUGAAAUUGAUUUGACAGCUAAAUAUGUGAUCAGGUUUAAGGAAUUUUUAAAUUUCUAAUUCUUAUGUUAUUCAUAAAUUCAAGAUGCUGUAACUCCUAUAUAACCACUUUUAUCUUGUCAUAGACAAUAUGAAACUAUAAAUCAAUUUUACACUAGGAACUGGUUUAAACUGAUAAAUAAAUUUUGGAAAGUUUUGAAAAUAUGUAAUCUGUCAAUUUUGUUAUUUGUUUAAAACAUAGAAUUUCUAAAGAAUCUUGGUAAAAGCUAUUUUGGUCCAAACUUUUUGUUACUGAAGUAUCUGUUAAAGGGAAAAUAAAUAAUUUGAGGUAGCAACAUUAUUCAUAAACAAUAGAUCCUAAACAUUUUACGCAACUGUCUACCGACAAGUACAGAUUGGAUACAACUAGUUCAUUGUCAAAAUUCAAAACUUUCCGCGUAAUUCACAGCCAAAAACAAAAUAUUUGCGUGUUAGUCGACAAUACGGUGGCUAAUAUUUAUAAUAAUACUGGUAUUCGAAUCGUUGCCAUGUUGACAGUAUUAUUUUAAUAUUAAAGCAAUAAAACAACUCAA